CCCCCGCCCCACGGUCGUAUGUGACGUUUUGUAAUAACGUACGUAAUCUUCGUACGUGAUUAAUCGCUGAGAAAUUUCCUCGGCGAAAAAGUGUCAGAAUAGAAUCGUGUCGACCGAAAUAAUCUUUUCCGUGCUUAGCGCGAAAAUCAACGAGCGCAAUGCGUCGGUGGCGCUCCGUCAGCUGAUUGAAAACAUGGCGAAGUUGAGCCAUGCCGUGUGGGAUCUCUCUUCGAACUUCGCUGCGAAUCGCUAUUUCUCUCGGUUGUUGACACUGUCAAGAGAUGCUGCUGUCAAAUCAAAGGACGCUCUGAUUAUCAGCGACAGUUGCGUGAAGCGUUUGAAGGAGAUCGCGAACGAUGAUGCGGGUCUGAGGGUUACUGUGGAGGGUGGCGGUUGCUCUGGAUUUCAAUACAAGUUUGAUCUAGAUUCAAAUAUACACGAAGACGACAGAGUAUUUCGGAAGAACGGCACGAAAGUGAUCAUAGACUCGACGUCAUUGGAAUAUGUAAAAGGAUCGACGAUAGAGUUUCACACGGAAUUGAUACGAUCCGCCUUUAGAAUAACAAACAAUCCUUUAGCUGAACAAGGAUGCAGUUGCGGUGCCAGCUUCGCCAUUAAAUUGGAAUAAUAUCGUUUACAUCUCGACCAAACUAUGAACGACUGUCCUACGAUGGUGAUACCAAAAACCUUUACACAAUACCUUAUUAUCGUUGUUAAAAUAAAUUCAAAGAUUGUACAAUUUA